AAAAUUUUUUAUAUAUGCUUGAUCAAUUGUCUGAGAAAAAUUAUAAACCAAAUCCAAAAUUAGCCAGAGCUCUUGACAUUUUAUUCAUUCUUCAUGCUGACCAUGAGCUUAAUUGUUCAACAGCAGCGAUGCGUCAUAUUGGCUCAUCACUUGUUGACCCUUUCAGUGCCAUAUCAGGAGCUGCUGCUGCUUUAUAUGGUCCGCUCCAUGGUGGUGCUAAUGAAGCUGUAUUGAGGAUGCUGGAGGAAAUUGGCUCAACCGAUAAAAUACCAACUUUCUUACAAGAAGUUAAGGAAAGAAAAAGAAAAUUAUUUGGUUUUGAUGUUGCAAUUGAAUUAGAAAAAGCUGCAUUGGAAGACGAAUAUUUUGUAAAACGAAAGCUAUAUCCUAAUGUUGAUUUUUACUCUGGAUUAAUUUAUAAAGCUAUGGGAUUUCCAACUGACAUGUUUCCAGUGUUAUUCGCAAUUCCACGAGUUGCAGGAUGGUUAGCGCAUUGGAAAGAAUCAUUAGAGGAUAAAGAAUCUAAAAUUUGGAGACCAAGACAAGUUUAUGUUGGUCCUAGUGUUAGGUCUUAUGUUCCUCUGGAACUUCGAGAAACUGAAAACAACGUUGCUGUGGCCAAAGUACUACAUCCAUUUAGUAAGAGAACAUCAGUGGCUACAUUUGAUGCUGAUGACAAGAUUCAAUCAAAAUUAUGA